CUGCUAAAAUUUUAUUCCGCUGAACAGACUUUAUGCUAAUUUUGCCGGUCAAUUAUGAGAUUAAGUCGGGUGUGAAUUACUGGGAAAGAAAAAAGGUAGUUCCGGCUUGUUGUUCCGGUGAUUACGUUCUGUGGGAACAUCCCCUGACGACGGGCUCUUUAUCGUACCUUCAAUGGCCGGCGGUUUCGCAAUUUAGCUGGUACGGGUAAUGAGAAAAGUGUACCGAGAAGCGUGUUCGUGGUAUGUACUAGGACGCAUGCGCGCUACGCUUACCGCGACAAGCCCCGCAGUCCGCCGGUAACGCCACGGGACCCGCCCGCGCCGAUCGCUUCCCCCGCGACCCCGCCACUUGUCAAAAUAACUAAUUGAUUUAUACCCCCAAACAUUAGCCAAGUAGAAAGCGAACUUCACACUUUGAACCCGAGUCUGCAGCAAUUUAUACCGGAAAGUUUUGACGGAGCACAAUAAUAUGUUUAGAAUUAGUCAACGCGGUGAACUCUCGAUUAAGUUGGUGAUAAGUUUCAAACGUAUGUCGUAGGCGGGAACGGUUGCUCAUGUGCGAUUAGCUUUAAGUCGCCGCCGAGCGGCAAUCUGUCACGGUAAAGUGACAGACAAAUGAGUGAUCGUAAAUAUUAGGCGGUUCUUUGUAGUAUUUCGCUGCCGAGUCACGAUGUCAUACCCGGCCUAAUGGAUUCUCCUUGUAUAAAUAAAAUGGUCCUAAUCUGAAGAAUUGCGUACUUACACGACAUUCGUCUGAAGUUCCGUAAUAGCCGUCGUUAAACGCAGCUGAGUACGUUUUUAAUCAACACGCCACCGGAAUGGGCCAGACUGGGACGAAAUCCGCUUUAUUGCUAUCUCUUCUACAUGGCUUCCUCUUCCUCAUUGCUGGCUCCGGAACAGAUGCCCCGACAGAGAACACAACCGUGGACAUAUCUUCUCAACGCUUUCGGGCAGAGUUUUUGCAAGAAUGGCAAGGAUCUGCUGAUGCUCCUUACUUCGAUCCUAGCACCCCAAGAAACAUAACUGGACUAGUUGGACAUCCCGUCAGAUUAUUGUGCCGAGUCAAGAAUUUGCAGAACAGGACAGUGUCAUGGGUGCGUCAUCGUGACAUCCACCUGCUGACGGUGGGGCGCUACACGUACACAUCGGACCAGCGGUUCGAGGCGCAGCACAAGCCGCGCUCCGAGGAGUGGGCGCUCCGCAUCCGCUCCCCGCAGCGACGAGACUCCGGCCAGUACGAGUGCCAGAUCUCCACCACCCCACCCAUCGGUCACGCUGUCUUUCUUAACAUCGUAGAGCCUGAAACAACGAUUUCAAGUGGCGCCGAACUUUUUAUUCAAGCCGACUCCACCAUCAAUCUCACGUGCACUGUGCGACAUACGCCCGAACCCCCGUCUUCAAUUACUUGGACUCACGCAGACCAGGUUAUAAAUUUUGACUCUGCACGCGGUGGUAUCUCCCUGGUCACCGAGAAGGGCAUGAAAAGCACGAGCCGGCUGCUGGUGCAGCGGGCGAGGGGCGCCGAUGCCGGGCUGUACACGUGUGGGCCGAACAACGCGCCGCCUGCCUCCACUCGAGUACAUGUGUUGUCUGGUGAACAUCCAGCGGCGAUGCAGCAAGGCUGUGCAAAAUCAUCUCUUGACAAAAUGACAACAAUACUGUGCUGUCUUUUGACCUUCUACUUUCUAAAUAAAACGUUCUCAGAUGUACAGUUUGGUACUUAACUUCAUC